AUGCUGCAGGAAAUCCUGAUGAAGCUGCCGACCAAGGACGUGGCCCGCUCCUGCUGCGUCUCCAGGCAGUGGCGCAGCGCCCUCGGAGACCCCUCCUUCCGCAAGCUCCACGCAGCGAGCCCUGCCGCGCUCUCGGCAGAUCCCGAGUUCUUGCGCUUAUCCGGUGUACCAUGCGGGCUCGGCCAGAGCGUCAAGACCACUGUCCUCAGCUUAUCGUCGGACAAACCCAUGUGCUCCAUCGCCAAGCCCGACGGCUGCGGCCUCCUCUGCUUCGUGGACGAGCGCGAUGCUCAGGCGCCGGCGCUGGUGUGCAACCCCGCCACCGGCGAGAUACUGGCGCUUCCGACGGCCCCUCCGCUCAGCAACAAGGACCAUGCGUAUUUCUUCGCCUUUGGGUUCAGCCCGCCCACCAACGAGUACAAGCUGCUCCGCCUCUCUUUCCCGCUAUGCUCCUACUCCUCCGAAGAGUGGGUGGACGUGGACGUCUACACCUUGGGUGGGUGGCGCAAAGACUCGUUCCUCACACCCUCUCGCCCACUAACCAGAGGAAAUGAUACUUCGACGCCGGAUUGA